CCGGAGGGGGCGUGGCUUCGUUGUGCUUCAACCGUCCUGCCUGCCUUCCUUCGGCUCCCCCCGGGAUGGAGGCGCGGGCUCGGGCCAAGCGCUACGAGAAGCUGGACUUCCUGGGGGAAGGGCAGUUCGCUACUGUUUAUAAAGCAAAAGACAAGAAUACAAACCAGAUUGUUGCUAUUAAAAAGAUCAAACUUGGCCAUAGAUCAGAAGCAAAAGAUGGUAUAAACAGAACAGCCCUCAGAGAAAUAAAACUGUUGCAGGAACUUAGUCAUCCAAAUAUUAUUGGGCUUCUUGAUGCAUUUGGACACAAAUCCAACAUUAGUCUAGUGUUUGAUUUUAUGGAAACAGAUUUGGAGGUUAUAAUAAAGGACACUAGCCUUGUGUUGACACCUUCGCACAUCAAAGCAUACAUGCUGAUGACACUUCAGGGUUUAGAAUAUUUACAUGCGCACUGGAUUCUUCAUCGGGAUCUCAAGCCUAACAACUUGCUGCUAGAUGAAAAUGGAGUUUUGAAACUGGCUGACUUUGGUUUAGCAAAAUCUUUUGGAAGUCCAAAUAGAGUUUAUACACAUCAAGUGGUUACAAGGUGGUAUCGAGCUCCUGAGCUGCUCUUUGGUGCCAGGAUGUAUGGUGUGGGCGUGGAUAUGUGGGCAGUGGGCUGCAUAUUGGCUGAACUGCUUUUAAGGGCUCCAUUUUUGCCAGGAGAUUCUGACUUGGAUCAGCUCACAAAGAUAUUUGAAACUCUGGGUACUCCCACAGAGGAGCAGUGGCCUGGUAUGACCAGUCUUCCCGAUUAUGUGACUUUUAAAAGUUUUCCUGGCAUGCUGCUUCAUCAUAUUUUCAGUGCUGCUAGUGAUGAUUUGCUUGAACUACUGCAAGGCUUAUUUACAUUUAAUCCUUCUACCAGGUUGACUGCUACACAGGCCCUGAAGCAUGAUUAUUUUAGUAAUCGACCAGCACCAACACCUGGAAGCCAGUUGCCAAGACCUAAUUGUCCUGCAGAAGCAUUGAAAGAACAGCAAAAUGUAGUUCCAAAUUUGAAGAGGAAAAGAGUGGAUGGAAUAGAUCAAGGGUUAUCAAAAAAACUGGUGUUUUGACACUUGUGAAAACAGGGAUACCAAAUAUUUCUGCUGCUGUGAAAUCUGAAAAGGCCAAGUGUGAGAUCUGAAGUAUCAACUCAACACAAAUGAAACUUACAUUUGUAAAUUUAUGUAAAACACGUGUAGUAUUUCCCUUCUGAAAACCAUGUAUUUUUAUUACUGAUUUUUUUUAAAAGAAAAAAAGUUUAAAAAUGGCUUUGUGUUUAAUGAUAAAUGGGAUACAUGAAACUUA